AAGAGAAAAAAACCUUUUUCAAAUUUGGUUAGUUAAAUUACAAGAAAAUAUUUAUCUCCUAAAAGAGAGUGGCUAAAUCUACAUUUCCUUGAAAUGAUUUUUAUAGAGAAUCUUUUUAUAAAGUAUUGAAGACAGAAGAUUUUAUUAAAUAGAAACCUGUCUGAGCCGAUCUCUCGUCUUCUCUCUCUCCAUUGAUAGAAAAGAAAAGAAAAAGUCUCUUUCUCUCAGUAGAUCUUGGACAGAAGCGCACGACAUACACCAGGGAGAAGCUUACAACUGUUGAGAACCCAUAUCUUCCAAAUAUCUUGCUGUACAAGUUAUCUAUAUUUGCAAGAUGUCAAGGAAUGAUGUGGAGUACAGUUAAUAAGAACGAGUCGUAACGGCGGAGUAGGAACGAUUUAGGUUACUAUUCUUAGAUAAUCCAGGAUCCGAGAUCCGUUAUCCGAUUAGAUUUUCAUUUUUUUUCUCUUCAGACAAAACCCUAAAAUACUCUGAAGAAACUGUCUGAAACUCAUUUGAUUUCUAAGGUAAAUUCCGACACCUUUCUUCUUGUCAAACACUGUCUUAAAUAUUUCUCCUCGAUUCUGUCGUUUUCUUCUUCAGAUUUUUGUCUCGAUCUCAGUUUCAUUGUCACGGUUCUUACAGUGAUCCUCCUCUGUACAAGAACCAAACAAAAUGAGCGCGCAGAUUGUACUGUGUGAUGGCUUUGAGGUGGUUUCUCCGCCGGAGAUGAACGACCUAAUCCUCUUCGGAAGCGACCAAUCUAGUGGCUCAAACUGCGGCGAAUCAACGGUCACCACCGAAGAAGACGGCACUGUUUUCUCCGGAGAUAGCUCACCGGGAGGCGCAGCUGAAGAUGAAUGGCCUGAAGCUAAGCCUUUCUCCUUCUACUUCGUUAAGAGACCAGCUUAUGAUGAUCCCCAGAUCAAAGCCAAGAUCAAUGAAGCUGAUUCACAGAUCUAUCACUGUAAUAAACUCCGGAUUGAUAUCUCAAAAGCUCAGAAAUCCGAAAGGGCUGAGAUUUCGUCUCUGUAUGCUCAAAUGGAGAGUUUGGGUCCAAAAUCAGAAGGAUAUAAAAUGGUUUUCGAAGAGAUGAAGAAGGAGUUUGAUACUCUACAUGAAGCUCUACGGAAUCAACGGUGCUCUAGCAGUAGCCAGCUUAGCUUUUCAAAGGAGGAACUCAAUCAUCUUAUCUACAUAGCACAUUACGUUAUUGAACAUGGAAACAUUGGUUUGGAGGAAGAACAUUGGGUGCUUAAAGAAACCGAGAAGCCUAGUGAGAUAGUAUUAAGUGAGGAUUCUCUUGUAGAGAAAGAAGCUUUCAUACAACGUCUCAAGUUAAUGGCUGUGGAAAUGAACGAAGUGAAGAAAGAGCUUGAAGCCAUUACAUGGAACAUUAACUUCUUGAGUGACAAACUAAGACAGAUUCAGAACAAGAUCAUGAUGUUGGACGUAGAAAUGGCACACAUACUUGAGCUAAGAGACAGAUCAUAUGAAAGGAUUAAGAUGUUGAGGAUACAACGAGACAAAGGGAAUGCUGCGUGUUUCCAGAGCCUUGCUGUUAUGAGGAAAGCUAAAGAACUAGCUGCCUCUGGAAAUGUUAGAGAUCUUGAAGUGCUCUCUAGCUCCGAGGUUGAUAGAUUCAUGACUAGUUGGAACAAUGACAAGGCUUAUAGAGAUGAUUACGUAAAAAGAAUCUCACCAUCACUCUACGAAAGACAGCUGAGCUUAGAUGGUCGGAUUAGAGAUCAAGAAGGUGAAGCUCCGGUUGUUCAAGAAAAGCAAGCUCUAGGGAAGAAUAGAGAGGAAGGUAUGGUGGUAAUGCACAAGAGGAACAGAGAAGAGUCCAGCUCCAACUCGUCUCAAGAUGAAAAUGUAGUCACCACUAAACAAAAGAAAGAAGUGAGGAAGACGGUGAUAGACUUCAACAGGUCAAGUGAUGAGGAGAGUGUAGUUAUAGAUUUGGAGUUCCCGGUGUAUGAGAAUCCGAAAAAAGAAGCAAAAGAGGUUGAUGAAGAGACUUUGAAGGAGAGGAAACGAGAAGAGCAGAUAGAGAAAGCUAGGUUAGCUAUGGAAAGGAAGAAGAAGCUACAAGAGAAAGCUGCUGCCAAAGCUGCUUUAAGAGUUCAAAAGGAAGCUGAAAAGAAACUCAAGGCUAUGUUUCUUAACUCUUUCUUUUUUUUUCAGGAGUGUGAGAAGAAAGCUAAGAAGAAAGCUGCAGCAAACUCUUCUUUUGAAGUAGACCAAUCACAAGAAGUAACCAAUGAGCUGGAGAAGGUCAAGACUUCAGCAGUUCAUAGGUCGUUGUUUCGAAAGCAGAAAAGUUUCAGGUACAAACACCGUGGGAGAGGAACAGAAGCUCUCCCUAAAGCCAUCCUAAACCGUAGAAGGGCACAUCAAUACUGGGUUUGGGGAGUUUCAUCUGCUGCACUUGCUCUCGCUCUCUCCGUUGGCGUUUUACUUUUAAGGUGAAUUGAAGGAAAUAAAGACACACUAAAAGGGUAUUGACUUUAUCUGGUUGGAGAGGAGGAGCUGCUUCAUAGACUUUCAAAGUUAUCUUAUAGUGUCAUAACCCUUAGAUGUUAGUUUGAUAUGUUUCUUUUAAUAUUGUCUGAAAAACAAGAAACAUUCACUUUAUAGUGAACAUUGUGGACUGAAAAUCCACUUAAUAGUUAUUACAGUCAAGAAACUUGACUGAUUACAUCUCCUAAGAAAUUACAAAUAAUAUCAACAAAUCUCAAUUUCUCUGUCUUGUUACAUGUGACAUAAAAGCUAAAUCUAGUUCUUGCAGAAUGGUGCAACAACUAGUUUGAGAAGUUUCAGUAUAGUUUUUCUAAUGCUCCUCUGCUUUUACUUAGUCUUUCUUCAUCUUUGCAUACGAUAGUUUCGACUCUUUGGUUAUGCCCUUGUGUUUGAAAUAGAAGUACUUAGUGAUCUGCAAGAAAGCCAAUCUAACUCUUGACGUGUGGGAAAAGUAACUAUGUUUAAGACCUACGUGCUUACUGCUUAUUGUAAUCUGGCACAAUCUAACGGCCUAAAUGGGCCACAAUUACGUGCUUUACAUUGUCCACGGGUGGCUGGCCCCGUCCUCCACCAUUCCACUUACUUCCGUAAGGUUUGGAUCUUCCUUCGCUAAGUACUUCAUUGGCAGUUGAGAUAAUGUCGGAAAGCAAUAGAUUCAGUAAAAUCAAGUAAGAAAGAAAAGUAACUAUGUCGAUUAGGUUCUCGGCGAAGAGACUCGCGACGGUGUCUCAAGAACUCAUGGCGGAGAUGUCUCCGGUUAUGACCUUCGACAAGCUACCACCAAGUUCCACCGCUUCUUCACCGCAUUUAAGCAAACGGAGGUAUGUCCAUGAAAUAUAUCAUUUGUAGGUAACAUUCAAAUGAUUAGUUAAUAGUUAGACCAAAUAAACGUUAAUAGUUAG